CUACACGUUCCAUUAUUUUUGUUGUCAGAUAAAUAAGUAAGAAAUAUUCUUAGUCGUGUUUGGUAAAUAAUACAAUCGAAAUUUGCGGUUCACAAAAUGACUACCCAAUUUUACUAUCCGAAUAAAGAACUGCAGGAUGAAUUGUCGUGCAUUGCGAAGGCGCUUGUAGCUCCUGGAAAGGGUAUUAUUGCCGCCGAUGAAUCGAAUGCGACAAUGGGCAAACGCUUUCAAGCCAUUGGCUUGGAAAAUACCGAAGAGAAUCGUCGCCUCUAUCGCCAACUGCUGAUUACCACUGAUCCAAAGAUAUCUGAGAACAUAUCGGGAUUCAUUAUGUUCCACGAGACACUCUACCAGAAGACCGAUGCAGGUGUUCCAUUCGCUGAAGUGCUGCGCAAAAAGGGAAUCAUUCCUGGUAUCAAGGUGGACAAGAACUCGGUGCCUUUGUUCUGCUCGAUGGAUGAGUUCACCACACAGGGCUUGGAUGAUCUGCAUCUCCGCUGUGCCCAAUACAAAAAGGAUGGCUGUGACUUUGCCAAGUGGCGCUGUGUGCAUAAAAUUGAUAAGACUACGCCCUCCUAUCAAGCCAUCAUGGAGAAUGCCAAUGUGUUGGCAAGAUAUGCGGCCAUCUGUCAGUCGCAGCAUCUGGUUCCCAUUAUCGAGAGUGAGGUGCUUAUGAUCGGUGAUCAUGAUCUCGAUCGCUGUCAGAAGGUUACCGAAGCCGUAUUGGCUGCCAUCUAUAAGGCGUUAAGCGAUCACCAUGUCUACUUGGAGGGCACUCUUCUCAGACCCAACAUGGUAACCCCCGGCCAGAGUAGUCACAAGAACAACACACCCGCUGACAUUGGCAUGAGCACCAUAUUGGCACUUCGUCGCACUGUUCCACCUGCUGUUCCAGGUAUUAUGUUCCUGUCUGGUGGUCAGGCUGAGGAGGAAUCCUCUGUCAACCUCAAUGCCGCCAAUAACGUGCCACUUUGCAAACCUUGGGCCUUAACUUUUGCAUUUGGCCGAGCUAUGCAGGCAUCUGCAUUGCGCUCCUGGGGCGGCAAGAAGGACAACGUGCAAACAGCUCAAAGCGAGCUUAUUAAACGUGCCAAGGCUCACAGUUUGGCCAGCAUUGGCAAAUAUGUGCCUGGGUCUAUUGAAAGCUCGGCUGGCGCUGAAAAAUUGGUAAUUGAUUCAUAUGAAGUCUAAGCAACUUACCAACUUGAGUUUAAGCUAACAAUAUGCAAGUACGAGCAACAAUCAGUCAGAAAGUGUGCAAGUCAAUAAUUAAAAACGGCAUUUCAACGAGCUCGUUUGCCCAAUUGCUCCACUGUGGCAUCAAUAUCUGACACUUGGCCACAAGCCGCAUGUUCAAUGUUCAAUGUUCAAUGUUCGAUGCUCGAUGCAACAGCUCGGAAUAUGGUUAACAAGCAUGCAAAAGAGCAAAGAGCUGUGGCAGCAACAGGCCCAACACGACUUCGGUUAACUGCAAAGUGUCGCAUUAAUCCAUGGAGAUUACCAGACGGCCACAUGGCCAAUACUCCAAUACUCCACUUCAGUUGAACAGCAGGCCAACACUGCCAUGCAGCUUAAUUAACGCAAACGCAUGCCAAAAGCCAAGCCAAUGGCUGUGAAGCAUGUUAAGCAUGUGGCCAAGUGCUCGACUUAAUCAGACGAAGCUUCAGUUCAGGUAGCGACGACUCUGGCGACUCUGGCAACACUGGCAACACUGGCGUCAGUGUCAUGUUGCUGGCAAAUUAGUCAGACCCAUAGCCAAUUGCCCCCGCUCCUCCGCAUGUGGGCCGAGAGACGAGAGAGAGGCUAGCAAUAAUUAAAAUUAAAGCACUGACUAAGUUAUGGCUGCUCUCCCCGCUCGCUGAGUCGCCACAAUAAUGCAACAGACACGCACAAUUUUAUUCACACUCUGCAGAAGCAAAGGCUUUCAUUGAUUUCUCUACUCAAUACGGUAAGCUUAAGACUCGAGUUGAAACAUUACAAUGCCCGACUUGACAAUUAACUGCAACGCACAAAAGUGAUUCGACAUUUGGAAAUACUACAAUUUAUUCGAAAUAAAAUUUGAAGUUGCUAAGUUUGUGGUUGUGAAA